AUGCAUCCCAUCAUCACCACCACCAGCCAGGCCCAGCCCACCACCAGCCAGGCCCAGCCCACCACCAGCCAGGCCCAGCCCACCACCAGACAGGCCCAGCCCACCACCAGCCAGGCCCAGCCCACCACCAGACAGGCCCAGCCCACCACCAGCCAGGCCCAGCCCACCACCAGCCAGGCCCAGCCCACCACCAGCCAGGCCCAGCCCACCACCAGCCAGGCCCAGCCCAGCCCACCACCAGCCAGGCUCAGCCCAGCCCACCACCAGCCAUGCCCAGCCCACCACCAGCCAGGCUCAGCCCACCACCAGCCAGGCCCAGCCCACCACCAGCCAGGCCCAGCCCAGCCCACCACCAGCCAGGCUCAGCCCACCACCAGCCAGGCCCAGCCCAGCCCACCACCAGCCAGGCUCAGCCCACCACCAGCCAGGCCCAGCCCACCACCAGCCAUGCCCAGCCCAGCCCACCACCAGCCAGGCCCAGCCCAGCCCACCACCAGCCAGGCUCAGCCCACCACCAGCCAGGCCCAGCCCACCACCAGCCAUGCCCAGCACCAGCCAUGCCCAGCCCACCACCAGCCAUGCCCAGCCAUGCCCAGCACCAGCCAUGCCCAGCCCACCACCAGCCAUGCCCAGCACCAGCCAUGCCCAGCCCACCACCAGCCAGGCCCAGCCCACCAGCCAGGCCCAGCCCACCACCAGCCAGGCUCAGCCCACCACCAGCCAGGCCCAGCCCACCACCAGCCCCAGCCCACCGCAGCCCAGCCCACCACCAGCCAGGCCCAGCCCACCACCAGU